UUAUAACUCUUAUAUACACGGCCGUCCAGAUACACACAUAUAUGUAUCAUGUUGAACUAAACCCUAUAGUCAUGCCGUGUCAGUGAAUUAAAGUCAAAACCCUAAAUUGUUCUCUGCAAGUUGGAGAAGAAGUAUAAGAAACCUGAUCAACGGUUAUUUCGUCUCGUUGAUUCCGUCAAUGUCUUCCCCGGAAAAAAAGAGGAAGAGGAAGACAACGACUAAGACGAAUAAGAAAAAGCCAUCUCCAAAUCCAUCACUUCCCGAUGAUUUGCUAAUGAGCAUCUUCGCACGUGUCUCAAGAUUGUACUAUCCGACUCUCUCCUUAGUCUCCAAGAGCUUUCGAUCUCUCCUAACUUCACCGGAGCUUUAUAAGGCUCGGUCACUCUCGGGCCAAAACGAGUGUUGUUGUCUCUACUUGUGUUUACGGUUCAAGCCUUAUUCGAAUUCCACCUGGUUCACCCUCUGUCGGAAACCUGAUCAAACCCUAACCAAUGAGACCACUAAGACCAAGUCAAGUGGUUAUGUUUUGGCCAAAGUCCCAAUUCCUCCUUCUCCUCGUGCACAUUUUUCGAGUCUUGUCGCGGUUGGUUCUAAUAUCUACAACCUUGGAGUUUCCAAAUCCAUCUACCAACCAUCCUCUAGCGUCUCGAUUCUGGAUUGCCGGACUCACACGUGGCGCGAAGCUCCAAGCUUGCGGGUGGUGCCAAUGUCACUUUCUGCUAGCGUACUUGAUGAAAAGAUAUAUGUAGCAGGAAGCUACAAAGAUGACUAUGGCGAUUCCGGUUCUUCGAAAAACUUAUUCGAGGUGUUUGACACUAAAACACAAAUUUGGGAUCCUGAUCCCAUCCCUUGCAGCGAGACUACAUGCAACUUUCUUAACUGCAAAACCGCAUGUAUUGAUGGAAAGUUCUAUGUGGUGAGUGACGUGAUUUACAGAGAUGUGUGUGCUUACGAAUCCAAGGAAGGUAGAUGGGACUUGGUUGGACUUGGAUCAUAUAUGGAACAUCAUUUGUUUUUAGAUUCUUGUUGUGAUAUAGACAACAUUUGGUACUUUGUUUUUCAGGGAAGGUUUAUAUGGUAUGAUACUAAGGAAAUACAGUGGAGACAUUUGAAGGGUUUGGUAGGACUACCUAAGUUCCCUCCUAGUGCUCGUAUUAGAUUGGCUAAUUAUAGUGGAAAGAUAGCGGUUUUUUGGGACGAUGUGUUGCCUUGUAAUGGCGGCGAUAAUAAGAAGAUGAUUUGGUGUGCAGAGAUUGCGCUUGAAAAACGCAAAAGUUAUGAAAUUUGGGGGAAAGUUGAGUGGUUUGAUCAUGUGCUCACAGUCCCUAUAACCUGUGUUUUCGAGAAGGUUCUUGCUGUUACUGUUUGAUGAGUGCGUCACAAGGCUUGAACAUGUGUUCUCUUGGGUAAUUAAAUUUGACCAAACAGAAUUGCAAAUUUGUAUUUUUAUUAUAUCUAGUUGUGAUUUGACUUGCUAUUGUCCCACCAUACCACCUUGAAUCUGGUUUAGCUACCUUAAAUGGUGUUAAGAGUUGAGACUUAAAUCAAUAAACAUUGGAAUGAGGUAUUUCAAGUUUGUAAUCAUAAAGAAAUCAAACUGACGUUAGGU